GUCACAUGACAACCAAUUACCAGAUUAUACUAAAACGAGUCGACCUAGCCUUGUAGGAAAAAUAGUAUAACAUUAGGUAGCCAGCUCUCUGAAGUGACGCCAUAUUGUCAACACACAGCACAAUCAUUUUCUUCAACCAUGACCAAGUAGCCAAGCUUCAUUUUUAUCAACGUGAGACGCUAAAAUGGCGCACACAGGCGGUGCAGGAGAUGGAACCAAGGGAGAAUGUUCAGUAAAGCAGGGUUCGAGUAAUACUGGAUUGCGGAGUCGACCAUAUUCCAGCGAGAGAGAUGGCCAGGUUCGGCUUGUCAAAGCCUCACUGCAAGAGAGGUUGGGGCCGUACGAGCCUGUGCUGACCUACCUGCAGUCCGUCCUGGUGUGGGAAAGACCAUUUCAAAGCGUUUUACUGUUCGCAGUGGUCAACUUUGUGUUUUGGUUCUUUGCCCUGUCCUCACUGCGUGUGGUCUUCCUGCUGGCCUCAGGCCUGGUGGUGGCUGUCUGUGUGGAUGUCUGGAGGAAUAAGAUCUGGCCUGAGAUCCGAGUCAAAAAACAAGAUGAAUCUGAAAACGAAAGCUGGGGCCUGGUGCAGCCCGGGGUGGUCAGUGUCCCUGAGCUUUGCCAUCACAUGGCUGAGGUUUGGGUCUCCGGAAUGGCUUUCGCUUCAAGCGUUGUGCUGUUCAAGCAACGCAACCCUGCAAAGUUCUGUUUCCUGACCUGCGGUGUCUUCUCCUGCCUGGCCUUUGUUGGCCGCUACAUCCCCGGAUUGGUGCUCUCUUACUCUGCCGUGCUGGCCGUGCUGCUGGCUCCCCUGGCAGCCUAUCACAGGGUCGUGCAGCGUGUGUGUGUGAAGCUGGAGCCAGUCCUGCAGCGGCUGGACUUCAGCGUAAGCGGCUACAUGAUGUCAAAGCCCAUCGACAAUCAGUUCCUACGCAAGUCCAUCCGCAGUGCAGCUUCAGGGGACGCCAGUGACAGCGAAGAGGAGCUGGCUGCCUUCUGCCCUACUUUUGACGAUGCUGUAGCGGCCAAAGAACUGGCGCUGACCGACUCUGAGCAUUCGGACGCCGAGGUGUCCUACACAGACAACGGGACCUUCAACCUGUCCCGUGGCCAGACCCCGCUCACCGAGGGCUCCGAGGACCUGGACAGACACAGUGACGCAGAGGAGUCUUUUGCCCGAGAUCUCCAUGACUUCCCCUCGAUCAACCCAGACGCCACCCUGAUGGAGGAUGACGACGACACCAGCAUCGGCCUGCCCAGUCUGGGCCUGGCUGGUCCCCGAGGGGCCCUGCUGGAUCUGGACGCCCAUCUGGACUCCGACCAGGAGGACCUGGACGCCGAACUGUCCCUCAGCGGCCUGCCUCCCGCCUCCACCUUCGCAGACGACCUUGCUGGGGUCAUAGCGAGCAACAUGAUCCAGGCAGCGCUGGCCGGGGCCUUGCAGCCCCGCCCUCCUGCUACUCGGCGCAGAGAGGGCCAGCCCAAAGCUGUGGCCCAGCGGGGCCACCGCAAGCAGUCCAGCUCUGAGCUGGACACGGACUGGGAUGUGGAGGACUUUGAAAUGCUGGAUCAGUCUGAGCUGAACCAGAUGGAUCCGUUGGGGAGUGCAGGAGGAGGACGGGGAGGAGGGCAGGGUGGGGGUCAGCAGAUGAACCAGGGGUCCAGCUUCUUGUCCAACCUACUGGGGAAGCCACAGUGAGCUGUGUGUGUGAGAGUAGCACCUUUACGUACGCGUGUGUGUGU